AUGAAAGAAUAUAUCUACGAAGUCGAACAUUCAUGGGAAACACAACGAGAACCAGUUUUUAAUGAUCAACAACAUCGACAUCAUCAUCAACAUCGACGUUGUGGUGGAGAAGAUGCUGCAAUGGACGCUGAUGCCAGUAGUAUGAGUGAAACGACAUCAGAGUCGGGCGUUAGUGAUUUGGAAACAAGUAUGACAGAUUUUCGUUGUACAUGCUGUCCUUAUGGUUAUCAUCUGGAUACGGAUUUUAUGAAAUUUCUUGAUGAUAUGUAUGGACCUGAUGUAUUACGUACAUUGAAGAAAAUUGAACGAAAACGGCAUGAUGUACGACGUCGUCUUGUUAAUGAACAUCAGCCGAAUCAUAAUAUUCCUAUUUCAUCAUCAUCAGCAAGAAAUUCAGCAGCAUUUGAUAGUGAAAUUAUACGUGAAACAAUUCUUGAACUUGAUCGUAUUGUUGAAAAAGAUAUUAAAGAUCUUGAAGCUGAAUGUCAUCGUAAUAAAAGCCAAUUGAAUAAUUCUGAUCAUGUACAUCAACAUCGAUCUCGUUCGAUGGAAUCUCGUCGUCAUUUACGUGCGCCACCUCGUCCUCCAACAUCAUCAUCAAUAGUAACAACAUCACGUACAGCUGAAGAACGUCGCAUUUGUGAACAUCGUAUGCAAAUGGAAAAAACAAUUACAACAAGAACACGUUCAGCACCACGUCUAAAUUUAAUGACAGGUGAAUCAAUGAGUUCCUUACGUAAAUUAGAUAUGACAAAAAGUGGUCCAAUAACAAUGUUAUAUAAAAUUCCACCACCACCAUUCUCACGAUCAAGUAGUUCAAGUUCAUUAUCAACUGAAACAACACUUCGUGUAUCAAGUCCUGAACCAGAUGAACAACCAAAUCCACCACUUAAACCAUUAUAUAUUACAGAAAUUAUUGUACCACCAAAACCAAUGGUUCGUAUGCAAGAAGCAAUAAAAACAACAGUUGUAACAAUAACAGAUAAAUCAGAAAUAGAACGACGUAAUCGUGAAAUUGAACGACUUGACUCAGAACGUAAAACUUUAUUAACUGAAAAAGAAAUUUUAUUAAAAGAAAUUGAACGAUAUAAACAUCAACCAGCACCUAAGAUUCCUCCAAAGAAAACAACGUCUAUAACAAUUCUAACAAAUCAAGAACAAAUGUAUAAACAAAAUAAACCUUUAACACGUGAAGUAGCUAUGCAACAUAUGGUUGAAGAUGAUCAACCACCACCAUUACCACCUAAACAACGACAACAACGUGAUGUUGCUAUUAAUCAUCGAACUGAAUAUGAUGAAGAUGAAGAAAAACAAAGUGAAAUUGUUCGAAAAAAAUUAGAAGAAAUUAAAAAUUUUUAUACAGAACGUAUACAUUUUCUUGAGGAAAAAAUUUAUGAACAAGAAAAAGAUAUUGAACGUUUAAAUGAGCCAAAAAAAUUACGACAUGUUAAUACACAAUGUCAACCAACGAUGCAAGAUCGUGCACUUGUUACUGAUACAUUCCGAUCAGUUCGAGAUGUUGGAUUAACGUGUCAUCUUCAACCAACAUUACCAGGUCCUAUUGCACAUCGUGAUGUUAGUCUUCAAUGUAAUACACAUGAAUUUAUUAAAACACGUGAUGUAUGGAUGGAAGCUUUACCGGAAGUACCUAUUAUGCGUGAUGUAUCAAUUGGUGUAUCACUUAAUGUUGAACCAGAUAGACAUUUUCGUGAUGUUGGUACUCAUGUUAAUUUUGAUUUCAAACCGGAAAUAGUUCAACGUGAUGUAGCAACUAUGUUUGCACCUGAACCAAUAGAGAAACAAGAUCGUUCUUCAAAUACACAACCUGUACAGACAAGAGAGUUUGGUGCUUUUGCAAAUACUAUUGAACCACCCAAACCUCCUCCAAAACCAAUAACACGUCCCGCAUCUACGGAUACUUUUAAUUUAAUCACACAUAGAGAUGCAGCUUGUGGAUUAAAUGAACCUACACGAAAUCGAGAUACAUCAACUGAUACGAUAGAACUUAUUUCUUUACAUGAUCGUGCAAGUGGACUUGAUAUUCCUCCUGAAUUACUUUCACGCCAUGUCUCAACUGACACACGUACAUUGAUCUCUCUUCGAGAUAAUUUUUCUGCAACCAUACCAGUAAUACAAGCUAUACAUGUUGAUGCACAAACACAAUCAAGACCUGCUGUGCAUCAUGAUGCAUCAUCUAAUACUCCUGCACUAGCCGAACAACGUCAUACAGGUAUACAAGCUGUACAAGAACCACCUGUUGUUAAACAUAAUACAACAUCAACUGAAACUGAAAUAUUUCAUCAACUAGGUUAUUUACGUCAUAAUUUAUCUAAUACAGACAUUAAACGAUCAACUGAUCGAGGAAUAACAACUGAACGUCGACAAUCACGUGAAUUAGCUGUAAAUACAGAACCUAGAAUAAUGUAUUCAAAAGAUGUUGGUGAUUAUGAUGUACGUGUUGUUAAUGACAAACAUGAAGAAUUUACAUGGAAUUCUUUAUAUGGACAAACAACUACACAUGAAAGUGGAUUUCAAACAGAUUUAUCUGAUACAAAACGUCAUGUUGGUUAUAUUAAUCGUGAAGAUGAAGAUACAAUUGAAGAACAACGACAAGAAAUAAUUACAUUUCGUUUACCAUUAGAAAGUCGAACAACAGAAGAAACUUAUGAAACAACAAUAACAACUGAAAUACAAGAAAAUAAUCGACAAAUUGAAGAAAUGUAUGAAACAUCAAUAACAACAGAUGCAAAACAACAAAAACGAGCCAAUUCACCUGAAGAACUUGUUGAAGAAUCUUAUGAAAUUAUAUCAACACUUGCGAAACCACCACAACAUGGAGAUUUUUUUCUUACAUCAAAUACUCCACAAUUAACAAUUAUACAAACACGUCCUCAAUCAUCAAUAAAUAAAUUACAAUCAAGUGAAGAUGAUAGUUCUUAUUGUGAAGAAUGGACAGUAACAGAAGCUAAACGUAAACAAGAUGGAGAAACAAUUCAAACUGUUAUUGACAGAGACGGUCGUCAUCGAUAUACUGUUAAUGCAGAUAGUAUAUCUACUUCAUCAAAUUAUCCUCAGCAACGCUCCGGUUUUAAUAAUACUGGUACACAAAUUUAUCAACAUGAAGAAACAACUCAAUUAUCUCCAUCGCUUAUACAUACAUCAACAGUGUAUGAAAAACGACGUAAAAUUGGUUCGGAACAAACGGAUAUUAAUUCACGAAUAAAACAACAAGAUAUACCAUUUGAUGAUAAUGAACAAAAUAUUGAAGAAAAAUAUGAAGUUACGAUAUCAACAAAUUAUGAUGAAUCUGGUUUAAAAGCACUUUCACCUAAACCUAUGAUGAUAUCAUCUGAUACAAAAGAAGGAUUUAUACUUAAUGAAGAAAUGUAUAUUGCAUGUGUUGUUGUAAAUGAAUCUUUAUAUGAUAAUACUGUUGAUAGAAAAAAAGUGAGUAAUUGUCUUCAAUUACUUCAACAAGAAUGGUUUGGUAUAUCAAGUCAAAAAGAAGUUAAUCUUCUUUUAAUUGAAGGAUUUUUAAAUAGUAUAAAAGAUAAUUUUUCAAAUUUUUUACUUGAACGUAUUGUUAACUUACAAGACAACAAUGGUAACACGGCACUUCAUUAUUGUGUUACGAAUGGUCAUUGGCAUGGUGUUAAAAUGUUAUUAGAUACAAAAGUUUGUGAUGUAUGUUUACAAAAUAAUGCUGGUUAUACUGCUGUUAUGAUGGCUGCAGUUAUUGAUAUAACAAAUGAUGAUCAACGACAAAUAGUUCGUCGUCUAUUUCGUGAAUCAGGAAAUGUUAAUGUUAAAACAAAAGAUAAUAAUCAAACAGCAUUAAUGCUUGCUGUUAAACAUGGGAAAGCAGAUUUAGUUGAAUUAUUAAUACGUAAUGGUGCCGGAGUUAAUUUACAAGAUACCGAAGGUUUAACAGCAUUAAUGUAUGCUGUUGAACAUGGAUCAUUAAAUAUUGUUAAAUUACUUUUAACACAACCUGAAUGUAAUAUUGAUAUUGUCGAUAAUAAUGGUCAGAGUGCUAUUACUAUUGCAACAAAUAAGAAUCGAAAAAAUAUUCUUGUUGAACUUUAUGCAAAAAUUAAAGAACAAAAAGGACAUCACUCAGCGUUAGGUAUCAAUUCUCGUUCUCCAAAUAGAAUAACAGCAGCUGACAGAUCUACACUGAACAGUUCUAUUCAAGCAACAACAGCAACAACAACAAUAGAAAUAACUUCUCCUUUAUCUAGACGAAAGAAUACAGAUGAUACAGGUCCAACUGUAUCAGCAUUUCGUCGUUAUUAUUCUCCUAAAUAG